CAGGGGCGGGGCCGAAGCGGAAGGGCCUAGCGCGGCGCUGGCCGCCCUCGCCGCCUCCCCGGUUGCGCUCCCGUCGUGGCCGCGCCGCCUUCGUCGCCCCGAGUAGCACGGAACAAAGGGAAGGAGCCGCUCCGGCUGCGCGAUGGUGGGCAUCCCGGGAACCUCCCAGUUUGCGAGUGAGAAGAGGGUGCCAGUAAUGCCAGGAUCCCCUGUGGAAGUGAAGAUACAGUCACGAUCCUCGCCGUCCAGCAUGCCGCCAUUGCCGCCUGUCAACCCUGGUGGACCUCGGCCUGUCUCAUUUACCCCAGCAGCAUUACCCAAUGGAAUGAACCAUUCUCCCCCGACGCUGAAUGGAGCACCGUCACCCCCUCAGAGGUUCAGCAAUGGCCCUGCCUCAUCAUCUUCAUCUUCACUGACCAACCAGCAGCUUCCAGCUACCUGUGGGGCCCGUCAGCUCAGCAAACUCAAACGCUUCCUGACCACCCUCCAGCAGUUUGGCAACGACAUUUCACCAGAGAUAGGGGAGAAAGUCCGCACCCUUGUUCUGGCAUUAGUGAAUUCUACUGUGACAAUAGAGGAAUUUCACUGCAAACUCCAGGAGGCUACCAAUUUUCCUCUUCGUCCAUUUGUGAUUCCAUUCUUGAAGGCCAACCUUCCCCUUCUGCAGAGGGAGCUGCUGCAUUGUGCUCGGGCAGCCAAACAGACCCCUUCCCAGUACCUGGCCCAGCAUGAACACAUCUUGCUGAACACAAACACUGCGUCACCAGCUGACUCUUCAGAGCUGCUGAUGGAAGUGAAUGGAAACGGAAAGAGGCACAGUCCAGACAGGAGGGAAGAAAACAGCUUCGAGAGAGAGCCGCUCCCGUCAGAGCCUCCUGCCAAGAGGGUGUGCACCAUUAGUCCAGCCCCUCGCCACAGCCCGGCUCUGAUGUUGCCUGUCAUAAAUCCAGCGGGACAGUUUCAUCCUACUCCACCCCCACUCCAGCAUUACACCCUGGAAGACAUUGCAACGUCCCAUUUGUACAGAGACCCAAGCAAGGCAUUGGAGCACAGAGAAUUGCGAGAUAGACAUGGUAUUGGGUUAAACGGAGGCUAUCAGGAUGAACUCGUGGACCAUCGCCUAACAGAGAGAGAAUGGGCUGAUGAAUGGAAGCAUCUUGAUCAUGCAUUGAACUGCAUCAUGGAAAUGGUCGAGAAGACCAGGCGUUCUAUGGCCGUUCUCCGCCGUUGUCAGGAGGCUGAUAGAGAAGAGCUCAACUAUUGGAAGAGGCGAUGCAGUGAAACCACAGAGCCACGGAAAGGGGGGAAUGACUUAAUCACGAGGCAACAUAGCCCAGGGAGUUCAGACUCCAUUAACAGUGAUUCUCAGCGGGAGUUCAGCGGCAGGUCAGGAGCAGCCGGUUAUGUCACCGAAGAGAUAUGGAAAAAGGCUGAAGAAGCUGUGAAUGAAGUGAAGCGCCAGGCCAUGUCUGAAGUCCAAAAAGCUGUAGCAGAGGCCGAGCAGAAGGCAUUUGAAAUGAUUGCAUCUGAGAGAGCCCGCAUGGAACAGACCAUUGCCGAUGCAAAACGCCAGGCUACAGAAGACGCUUUCCUAGUCAUCAAUGAGCAGGAGGAGUCUACAGAGAGCUGCUGGAACUGUGGGCGCAAAGCCAGCGAGACCUGUAGCGGCUGCAACAUUGCCCGCUACUGUGGCUCCUUCUGCCAGCACAAAGAUUGGGAGAGGCACCACCGAAUCUGUGGGCAGGGCUUACACAGCCAACAAACCAGCCCCUAUAACAGCAGGCCGAUCCACAGCCGCCGCACUCUCAAAGCAGUCGAUGCGGUAGCAAGUCCGGCUCUAGAGAAAACAUCGGCCGCCACUUCUCGAUCCUCCACCCCAGCCUCCGUGACAGCAAUAGACAGUAACGCACUCUAAAAAAGAAGAUUGCGCUCAGCACAGUUUAUUAGUUUUCUACAUUGAAAAACAGAUGCCUCAAAAUGUUGAAGAAGGUUUGUACUCCAGCACAUUGGCACUCAGGCUUAUGUUGUUUUGGGGCAUUUUCCAUACCAUUAUAAUGUCAUUUUUAGGAGUCCAUGUUAGCCUUCCUUAGUGGGAUCUCAGAACGGUCUGCCUGGGACCCUGAGGACUUUGGCCUAUUGUUUCAUUUUAUCCGAACUUUCUCAAAAUGCUACUCUCACCCGAGGUUCUAACAAGAUGGUUGUUUGUUUACUACAAAGCAGAGCUUGCCUGGGCAUCCUCUUCUCUCAUCUUUGGUAUGCAAUCUGACCAUUAUUUGAAAAUUUCUUUCUCAGGCAAAAGUGAAUCAAGUGAAAUGAGAUGUAAGUAAGCUUGAUUCUUAGUUCUAGCUAUUUCUACUCCUUCCAUUAUCUAAGACUAUAUUUAUUGGUUCCCCUACCCCCCUUUCCAUUUCCCCCACCUCUCUCUCAAUUUGGACACAUAGGGAAAAAAGGGGGAGCUACAAGGAUACUAUUUUUGUUUGCUGAAAGGAGGAUUUAAAACUACUUCAUAUAAUGACUCAGCAGCCAUCCCACUUGUUGAUCCAUUUUAAUUCCAUACAGUUAUGGGCAAGCUGCUUAAGAAUCUGUCUAUGGGCCGCAACAGAUUGAAAUGUUUCAUCCAAAGAUUUUUACAAAAGGGAUUGGUGGUCUUUCCCUGAGAUCUAAUUGCUUUGUCUCAUAACACCAAGAUAUUAUUUACUUACACACACACACACACACACACACACAGAGAGAGAGAGAGAGAGAGAGAGAGAGAGAGAGAGAGAGA